AUGGCGCUCUUGCUUCUCGCGCUCGUCGCGCUCGUCGGGAGCGAUUCCGGGCUCCGCGCGGCCGCUCUGGGCUCCGGCGCGAGGUCGGCGGCGCGCCGUCACGGGGACCCCGCCUCGAGCCACGUCCACCGGGCGGGUCGCGGAUCGUGGAGAGGACGCGCCAAGUUCAGGGACGACGACGUCUCGGGCGCCUCGACGUCUUCGAUUUUGCGCAACGCCCCCGGGCCGAUCCCGGGGCUCGUCGAGCACGUCGACGCCGUCUCGGGCGCCACCAAGUUCCGGCUGGUGUCCUUCUGCAACCGCGCGUACUGGCCUUUUCUGCACGUCGCGACGCAGAGCGUUCGCGCGGCGGCGCCGGACAUGUUGCCCUACUGGACCGUGCUCGUCCCCGACGAGGGCACGGCGGAGUUCGUCCGUGACAAGGCGUCGGACGUGGACGUGUUCGUUGACGACGACCUGCGGGGCAUCGUCGCCGCGAACGCUGAAAAGUUUGACGACACGCCCGACGGCGAACGCGCCGAGCGAGCCGAGCUGCGGCGGCUGAUGAGCUGGAGGAGGGUGCACGCGAUGCACGGUUUGUUGGACGCCGGGUACACCACCGUGUUCAUCGAGCCCGACGUGGUGUUCGCCGGGGAUCCCACGAACGUGUUGAACGAGGUCCUCACCAGAGCCGACGUCGCCGUGGGGAGCGACUACGGUAGAGGUAAGUACGCCAGGCGACACGCGAAUACCAAAGUUUUAGUCGCGAAACCGACGGCGUCGGCGAAGGCGCUGUUCGCAGAGUGGCAGGGCGCCGAGGCGAACGAGGGUGCCGACGGUGGGUCGACACGCACCGAGCGCGCCUACCUCCUGCGCACGAUCCUGCGUGAAGGAAGGAAAAGGAGAGGUUCUGGCGCGGUGGUCGAGGUUCUGGACGAGACCGCGGUGGCGAGUUACCUGUCGCACCCAGCGGAUGAUAUGGAUGACGCUAGUAACGACGACGGCGCUAGUAGUCUCGGCGCGCGCGGGUCCACGCGCACGAUCGAGCGCCCGGUCAUGAUCACCGGCGGGGGAUGCGACGACGUCAACUACAAGCUCAACUGGCUCAACCAGGCGGUGCUGAGGUACGCGUUGCCGCCGGGUCCGGAGGGUCGGAAACCGUUGGACUUCGAGGCGGUUCGCGCGGGGUGCGACGAGGCGACGCGGCGGGUGGCGAUGAGGGAACGGGCGAGAAGGGGUGGUAAACACCGACGCGAACACCACCGCCGCGAGAACCACGACGACGAGUACGAGUGA